UCAUGUGUGUACCAUUCAGGGCGUGAAGAUGGACAGUAGGGGUAACGUCGUAGUUGACGAGUACCAGAACACUUCCCGGCCAGGAGUGUACGCCCUGGGAGACGUGUGUGGACGGGCCCUUCUUACACCGGUGGCCAUUGCGGCUGGCCGGCGUCUCGCACACCGUCUGUUUGACAACAAGAAAGACCUGAAACUCGACUACAACAAUAUCCCUACCGUAGUGUUCUCACACCCGCCCAUUGGUACCAUUGGAAUGACACAAGCGGAGGCUGAGAAAGAGUACGGAGCAGACAAGAUCAAGGUGUAUAGGUCUACAUUUACACCCAUGUACUACGCCAUGACGGAGACUAAGGUCAUGUGCUCAAUGAAACUCAUCUGUCUACUGCCUGACGAAAAGGUAAUCGGCCUGCACAUGCUUGGUCAGGGCUGUGACGAGAUGCUUCAGGGUUUCUCCGUCGCCAUCAAGAUGGGUGCCACCAAGGCGCAGUUUGACGAAACCGUCGCCAUCCACCCGACAUCCAGCGAGGAGCUCGUCACGAUGAGAUAGAUCGUAUCAAAGCUGAACAAUGCUGUCUCUUUGUAUAUCCAGUCCUAUACCCCCACUUUGUUGUAAACAUUCCCACUCUUUGUCUAAAAAAAGUAUGAUUUAUGGAUAUCGGUACAUCAACCGAUGCGAGCACGCAAUUUAUGAUUGGCGCAAAGCGGACAAACUGACAUGGGUGCCUAAGAAAUUAAUAUUAAAAAGGCCAAAGCCAUAAAACAAAUUUCUGUUGUUAUUUAAGGACUUAUGGUCACAUUUUCACAACGUAAUAAUUUGAAUGAAACUGUUGUUUGACAUACACAUUUUUUGCAUCAACGUGUAAAAUGGUCGGUAGGUUGAUUGCAAAGGACAUUUGUUGUUUGAUCAAAAUGGAUUUUUCUGUGAUUACCCUGAAAACUGGUAAACCUAAACACUUUUAUUUGAAGUUUUUAAUGUAGAUUUAUAUUAGUUUUUGCUUUUGCAUUGUUAUAUUAAAUGUGAACUCAGGAAUUUGUCUCCCAUUCACGUUUUAUGUGAAAAUAUAUUAACUAAACUUGGGGUUUGUUUUUGAAAACUUCUGGAAAAUUCUGUUUGGUUAAUCUGACUGGAUGGCAAUAAGUUGAGAGUAUUAUCAGAAGAAAUGAUUCCGAACGCUUCAUCCAAUGGAUCUACUUGUUCAUGUUUAUGCUUUUACAAAACAUUUGGCCGCUUGACCAGAACUUUGUUAAAGUUAACAAAGUGACUAACGACCUCCUUGUUGAACUAAAUAUUGAUGAGACGUUCACAUAUUGAAAUAUGAAGUACAAUCUGAAACAGUUGUUUCAAACUUGUUAAAAAUACAGCAAAUCACAAAUGUAUCCAUUACACGCCCAGACCAGUAAUUAUUUGAAAGUUAACAACGAUGACGUUAACAACGUUGUUAACUUUAACAAAGUUCUGAACACAUCGGCCCAAUUGUGUUCUAUUUAAGACCAUAGAAGAGUUAUUCUUGGAGUUCAAAAUGAAUGGAUUCCAAUCGAAUACAAAUGUAAAUACAGCAUUCUCGCUACAUCUGUUCUUGUUCAACAGCCUCUGUUGGUUUGAAACUUGAAAUAUUACGCUAUCAUUUCAAGUUUACAUGGCUUAAUUCUUUAUGCUAAAAUCUUAGCUUUGUGGUGUUUAUAUAGUUUCAUUUUUGUAGCAAAUACACCAAUUGUUAUUUAAUAUUAUAUUGGAAUGUUUCUGUACUGAUCUGCUAUACAAUUUUUCUGCUGUGUUUUAUACAAAAUAAUACUUGUAUUUAUCCAGAGUUGUUGUUGUUCUGUAUUUGUCUUCAUAUCAUAGUAGGUAUAUUAAAUUAUUAUAAAUCAACCCAGUUUUCGUCU